AUGAAGGGCUUCGUUUUGUCUCUUGUCUUUGCUGCCACAGCGGCUGCGCUCCCUGGCGCAUCAUUCAGGACGGCUGGCAAACUGCCCGCUAUCAAGAGAAAUCCCCUCCGCCGCGCCAGCCAGAUAAUCCCCGUCGUUGUUGGGGGUCCCCAAGACACAUUUGUCCCCAACUCCAUCACUGCCGCUGUAGGCGACAUUGUACAGUUCCAAUUCUCAAACGGCAACCAUACUGUCACUCAGUCCACCGCUGACACCGCAUGCACUCCCAUGGAUGGAGGCGUGCACAGCGGCCACAUCCCCUUUGAAGAUGGCCAGACCGAAGUUGGAACUUUCAAUAUGCCCAUUACGAGCACUGAGCCCAUGUUCUUGUACUGUGCGACCGGCCCGCAUUGCCAGUUGGGCCAGGUUAUGAUGAUUAACCCGUCGAAUGCGACACAGUUGGCUGAGUAUACGAAGAAGAGCCAGCAGAGCAGUGCCAGUGUUGAUGGUACGGAUGUUGUGGGUGGAACGCCAGGCAAGUUGGCUUUGGACGCUGCUGCUUUUGUACCUGCUCCCCCUGAGGAGGGCGCUGGUGGUCCACCUCCUGCCGAGGCACCACCUGCUGAGGCACCACCUGCUGCUGAAGCGCCACCAGCAGAGACACCCGCUGCUGAGGUUCCCGCUGAGACUCCUGCUGCUGAGGCCCCCGCAGCCGAGACUCCCGCAGCCGAAGCACCAGCAGCCGAAGCACCAGCGGCAGAAGCACCAGCGGCAGAAGCUCCCGCAGCAGAGACUCCCGCCGUAGCAGCCCCAGCCACCAUAGUCGUCCACCCCGCCAAAAGGGGUUUCCAAGGCCGCAUGAACUAA